AUGAAAACCGAGUGGUAUGCGCUUGCGUUUCUGCUGGGCGCCGUGCGGGCCCGAGUCGAAGACCUGAAAGACCUUGAGAAGGCGUACCAAGAAGGAAAGACGCCCGAUACGACGAAGGUUCACGGCGUGGAUGUUUCCACACUCUCGCAGACUCCACCCCAAGGUGAACAGAUCCCAACCGAUGGCUGGACUGCGGACUGUACUUCCACUGAGAGUGGCCACGACUGCAACCUAGCCUUUGAUUCCGACAACGGUACCUACUGGCAGAGUGCUAGCGGUGGGAACGCCCAAUCCAUCACCAUUCAUCUCGGGGGUGAUGAGGUGGCUAUCAGUGGUCUCAUAGUUGUACCUCUCCAAGGUGGAGAUGAGACUCAUUUCAUCGAGGAACACGAAGUCUUCUUGAGUACCGACGGUGAAAACUGGGAUCGUGUUGCCUAUGGAACCUGGUGGCCGGAUGACAGUCAGAAGGUAUCAGCAUUUCAACCACGCAAAGCCAAGCAUGUACGCUUGUCAGGCCCUGCUCCAAACGGUAUUGCCAUCGACGAUAUCGCCAUCUACCAAGAUAAAUACAUCAAGCCUAAUCCCUCCAAGCUUGGAGCUUGGGGCCCAACGAUCGAUUUCCCUGUUGUUCCAGUUUCGGCUGCCGUCGAUGCACACACUGGAGACGUGGUUGCUUGGUCCGCUUGGGGUUACGACCAGUUCGUUGCCGGCAAGGGAGCGAAGACCCAAACCGCUACAUGGAGUCCCAACAAACAAACUGUGACCAAGCGUACUGUCUCCGACACCCACCAUGACAUGUUCUGUUCGGGUAUUUCGCUGGACGAGGACUCGAAGAUUAUCGUGACUGGCGGAGCUGAUGGAGGACAGACUAGCAUCUACAACACUACCGAUGAUGCCUGGUUCCAGGCGGCGGGUAUGGUUCAGAGUCGCGGAUACCAAGCAUCUGCCACCUUGUCUGACGGGCGCAUUUUCGUGAUUGGAGGAUCCUGGAGUGGAGGUGUCGGCGGCAAGAACGGCGAGGUCUACGACCCGAAGACCAACACAUGGACUUCGCUCGACGAUGCAAAGGUUGUGAAGAUGUACACCAAGGACCGAAGGACCUACAGGCGCGACAACCACGGAUGGCUAUUCGGUUGGACUGACGGCUACACUUUCCAGGCAGGCCCAUCUCAGCAGAUGAACUGGUAUGGCUCUUCCGGCACUGGUACUCAGCAAGGUGCAGGCCAGCGUACUGGUGACCAGGACGCCAUGUGCGGCAAUGCAGUCAUGUAUGACAAUGGAAAGAUCCUCACCUUUGGCGGCUCUCCAUGGUAUGAGGACAAAAACGCUACCACCAAUGCCAACAUCAUCUCCCUUGAUAAGCCCGACCAGGAUGCCACUGUCUUGCCGAAUGCUGGCGGCGGCAUGCACUACGCGCGAACCUUCCACUCUUCUGUCGUUCUCCCCGAUGGGUCAGUGUUUGUCAACGGUGGCCAGUCCUAUGGAGUACCUUUCGGUCAGGACAAUGUCCAGAUGACCCCAGAGCUGUUUACUCCCGAUUCCUCGAACGAGCAAGGAGGCACCUGGCAGGACCUGGAGACCAACACCAUCAUCCGAGUGUACCACAGUCUUUCCUUGUUGCUCCAAGAUGGCACCGUUUUCACUGGUGGUGGCGGUCUCUGUGGAGAGUGCGCAUCCAACCACUUCGAUGGUCAAAUCUACACCCCCGCUUAUCUGCUGAAUGAGGAUGGGUCCCCCCGUGAUCGUCCUGAGAUCCAGAGUGUAUCUCCCAGCUCCGUCAAGCCUGGCGCGAUUGUCGAGGUCACCACUGCUGGCCCGGUUGACACCAAGGCGUCCAUCAUUCGCUAUGGUUCCACUACCCAUACCGUCAACACUGACCAGCGCCGCAUCGCUGUUGAGUUGAAGUCGACUGGUGACAACAAGUACACCUUUGACAUCCCCUCUGAGCCAGGCCAGGCUCUGCCUGGGUACUAUAUGCUCUUCGUCAUGAAGGAUGGAACGCCCAGCCACUCUGUCAAUGUUCAAGUCACUUCUGAGUAA